GGGCUCGUAGAUGGGUAUAAGAGGCAGUGGGGACGGCAUGGAUUGGGGUGGUUGACGAUGGUGGUGUAGUUACCACGUACAAUGUUACAGCUGGCCAAGUGAUCUUCUUCCCUCAGAAUACUCUGCACUGGAUAAAGAAUGUGGGGGAUGAAGACUGCUUUUUCUUGCUCUUCUUUUCCACACAUGAUGAACUUCAGACGCUGGAUGUUGAUGAUGUGUUUUUUUUGAUGCCUGAAGACAUUGCUUCCAGGUCACUUAAGCCUGAAGGUGGAAUUAAUUUCAUUAGAACAUUCCAUAAGCAAAAAGAGGAUCAGGGGGUCAACCUUCCUCCCAACUUGGCAGAGCUGGUUAUAAAUCCUAGUUAUGUCCAGUCUCCAGAUAGUCUUGUGUGGAAAUAUUUUUAUGACCUUAAAGGCUCAAAAGAAUAUAGAUUUCCAGGAGGAAUAAUACAACUGGCACAAUACUGGAAAAAUGCAAGUGAACUAAGCAGCCAUGAACAAAUUUUUAGUGAAUUCCUGAAUCAGCAUCAAAAUGCCCUCACUUUGAGUACACUCAGAAUUUAUAACAAUGGAUUACGACAGCCACAUUUUCAUUUUAAUGCAAAUGAAAUGGGAUAUGUAAUAAGUGGAUGUGCUAAGGUUGGCGUUAUUAACACUCAGGGUAUCACAGAGUUUAAUGUUCACAUUGGAGAUGUGGUAUUUUUCCCCAUGGGAACUCAGCAUUACAUUAAGAGCGCAUGUGAUGAGGAUUUGCUUCUUAUUCUUGCCUUCAGCACUGGAGACCAGUUGCAAACCCUGGACAUGGACGAUUAUCUCCAGGCCACAGCAGACCACAUCCUGGCCCAGCUUUUUUUCAAGAAGCAAAGUGAGUUUAAGAAGAUCCCCAAAUUUGAGGAGGACCAGGCAAUCAACCUGCCUUAGAUUUGCUGAUGAGUUCAUAUCUAUCCUUCCUUCUUCAUUUGUUAUUGUUGUUUUUAAAGGACCACUUUGCUAAUGAACCUAGAGCUCUGUACAGAGUAGAAAUGGGAAAGCAGGUGCAAAACAGCCCUGUGGGCUAAUUUAGCUUAGUGAUUAUAGGCUGUGUAUGCUAAGGGUGCAUUUCAGUAUACUCUGCAUAGAUUGGCAGAUCUAUGGAGAAGAUCCUAAAUUAAUCUAUUUUUUUAUGGAUUUUUGUAUGUGUGUAUAUAUUUAUUUAUUUUCCUUGUGUUACUUAAAUUUUAUUACUCUAAAUGAAAAUCCAUUUUUUUAUGCCUAUCAGUAAAUCUUACUACACUGCAUGUAUUUUUGUCAUUCAUCACUGUGAAAGGAAGUCAGCCUGUGUAUGUAUAUAUUGAGGUGCUGGAACCCAGGUACCUCAAACUUUGUCUGGAGAGUUCUGUAUAGAGCCCAACGCUGGGGAUUCCUAACCCUUCUGUUGGUUUGAAGAUACUUUUUAUAAUGGCAAAAUUUUCAAGGGCUCACUCAUUUGGUUGUAUACUUACUGCAUAUUAGCCAAGAAAAUAUUCAGUGAUAAAGUAAUAAUGAGUUCAGUACCUUCUUUGAAUAUAUUGGAUUUCAUUAAUCACAUCAUCAACUAUUUACAUCUGAGGAGUAGUCAUCCCUAUAUUUGAGAAGCAUGUGGUUUAUUUAGUCCAUAGGCCAUGCUGGCUAUGUGUGUGGAUUCAAGAACCAUUUGUCAUCACUUGGAAGCUGGUGGUCUCUAAGUUGGGGGUCAUUGUCUUAAGUGGAAAAGAAUUUGUUCAGAUCUAACCUGUGCUGGUUUUUGUUUACAAUUUAUUUUAGCAGGUAUUUAGUCCCUGCAUUGUGCUUGGGUACAGCCAUUAGUUCUGGGCUACCCUAUAUAAAAUCCUCAAGUCAAUAUAGCUGAUUUUUAAUGCUUUUGACCAUCACCCACCUUCAAAUAUUCCCUUGAUACCUAAUGGGAUUUUUAGAUAUUUUAAGAUAUUUGUUCCCAGACUAAAAAGAAUAUAUAUGUUCCUUUCUCUCUUUGUCUCUGUUUCUAUUUCUCUUUCUGUCUGUCUGGAUUGCUAGUUCUGUUGACUACAAGUACAGAAUUCAGUGAGAAUCAGAAAUGGCUCACUUUUAGCAUGAGGAAGUAGCCAUCUACAUAAAGUACCUAAUCAGAUAACAAAAGCCCUGUUAUCGCUUAGAACUACUGUGUAUUACCUUAUUGCGCUUUACUGGGUGAUCCAGCCAAGAUCAAAGCGUGGUAACAAUGGGAGGUUUGUGAUGGCGAUGUUGUCUUGAAAAGACUUUAUAGAGAAUGGGUCUCCAGCCAGGUGGAGGAACAUGGUUGAGAAGAUUCAGGGAACAGCACCAGGCAUUAGGUAUAUGGAAGAAGGAUGUCCAGAUAGAGAGGAAAUAGUCAGAAAGGUAAACAGCAAUGUGUGUAGACAGAUUUUAUCUGCAAAUUUUGUUUGACUUUAGGAACUUUUUUUAUAUACUAUAAACCAGCUUAUAAUCCAUUUUCCUAUGUCAGGAAGUAUUAUUUAAUAAAGAUUUUAUGCGUCUUUGUGUAUUCUUUUGUCAUUGUAAUUUUGAAUGAAAUCUGUUCUUUAUGGAUUAUGUAUUUGAAGCAUUUUUGGAUUCCCUGUAUGCAUCCUUGAAAUAUGACUUAGGAAUCUAGUCCACUGUGUAUUUAAA